AUGCUGAAUAAAGUUGUUGAAAGCAUGCUUGGAACGUCUGUAGAGCAAAAGUUUGAAGAGCUGCAAGUUGAACAGCUCAGAGCGCAACGUCAAGCCGAGAUAGAUGAGCAAAUGAAAGAAAAGGGUAAAGGAGUUGAAGGAAGCUCUACAGUGACAAAAAGAUCGAUUGUUCCUUCUAUGGUUGUUGAAAAUCCCGAGCCAAUCUCUGAUGUUUCUGGUCUUUUUGAGGAUUAUACUCCUAUGGAUGAGUUGAUUGGAGAUAGUGAUGAAGAUGAUGAUGAGGAGGAUGAAGAGGAAGAUGACAAAGAUGAGAAAGAUGAGAAAGUAUAUUCUGCGAGCAGUCAUGGUUCUUGUAAAGACGAUGAUGACGAUGAUGCUCAGGGUGGUACAGGGUUGAAAGUUACAGAGGCUUCCACUGAACAAAGUGUUGAUAAUUUGAUGAACGAUUCGGUGAAUGAAGAAUCAGGGGGAGCUGAUAGACAGGGGGAGUCAGGUGAUGUACAGAAUGUUCAAUAA